CAGCUCGGGACACGUGUGUAAAUAAGCAGAUAACACUGCCAACUGCAGAGCAUAGUGAAGGCACAUUGAAAACCCAGUUCUUCUAUAGAAUCUAUCCAACUCCUCGAGCAAUCUGUGUAAUUUACUGCAGGAAACAUUACUUUCCUUUGUUCAUUAUCUCCCGCAAGAUGAUGAGUUCUAAUAAGGAGGAGGUCACUUUGGGCGCUUUUCUCCAGUAUAUUGAAGAUAUGGGGAUGAAGGCCUACGAUGGCUUGGUUAUACAGAAUGCAUCAGACAUUGCUCGAGAGAAUGAUCGCAUGAGGAAUGAAACAAACCUGGCUUACUUGAAAGAAAAGAGCGAAAAACGCCGAAAACAAGAAGAAGCAAUAAAACGGAUAGGUGGAGAAGUAGUGAGAGGAAAUGAAGGAAGCUACGUGGGGAAGCAUUUCCGCAUGGGAUUUAUGACAAUGCCUGCUCCUCAGGACAGACUGCCACAUCCUUGUUCCAGUGGCUUUGCCGUAAGAUCCCAAUCUCUUCAUUCUGUUGGAGGAACUGAUGAUGAAAGUAGCAGCUCUCGUAAGCAGCCACCACCAAAACCUAAGCGAGAUCCCAACACCAAAUUGAGCACCUCAUCUGAAACAGUCAACACUGGAACAACAAGUAAGAGUGGGAAACUACCAGACAGGACUGAAGUGUCAGCCAAACCAAGACCUCACAGUGAUGAAUAUACAAAGAAGAUUCCACCUCCUAAGCCGAAACGAAAUCCAAACACUCAGUUAAGCACAUCUUUCGAUGAAACUUACAUCAAAAAGCAUGGCCCUAUGAAGACACCACUCACUAGGGAUGCGUCCUUGUCACAGGUCAGCAGUCCUGCCCCAGACACAGAGGAAGAAGAGCCUGUUUAUAUUGAAAUGGUUGGGAAUAUACUCAGAGACUUCAAAAAAGAUGAAGAUGACCAAAGUGAAGCAGUCUAUGAGGAGAUGAAAUACCCUAUAUUUGAUGAUGUAGGCCAAGAUUCAAAAUGUCAAUGUGAAUAUGACCAUCACACUUGUUCUUCUCAGUGUGCUACUCCCACAGUGCCUGACCUCGAUUUCACCAAGACUUCAGUGCCAUCAACUCCCAAGGGCUUGCUUUGUGAUAUACCCCCACCAUUUCCAAAUCUGCUUUCUCACAGACCUCCACUGCUGGUGUUCCCACCAGCACCAGUGCAGUGUUCCCCAAAUUCUGAUGAGUCUCCUCUAACUCCGCUAGAGGUCACAAAGCUUCCUGUUUUAGAAAACGUGUCUUACAUAAAACAACAAGCUGGAGCUUCUCCAUCUUCCUUGCCACCUCAUACACCAGGCCAUCAAAAACUGGAGAAAGAGCAGAUGGUAUCUCAUGGAACUAGCACCCCUGGGCACACUUCUUCACCUCCUCAUCCUUCUACCUUAUAUAGAACACAGUCUCCACAUGGUUAUCCUAAAAGUCACUCUGCCUCACCCUCUCCUGUCAGUAUGGGUAGGUCUCUUACCCCUUUAAGCCUCAAAAGACCUCCACCUUAUGACUCUGUACAUUCAGGAAGUCUCUCAAGAAGCUCUCCAUCAGUGCCUCAUUCUACAGCCCGAAAUACAUUGCAAGAAGGAGGGAAGAUGGUAAAUGUCUCAGUCAGUACCUACGGGUCAUCAUCUCAGAGCAGUUCCCGUUCUCGGACACCUACCAGUCCUCUGGAGGAAUUAACCAGCCUCUUUACCUCAGGACGAAGUCUCCUGAGGAAGUCCUCCAGUGGCAGAAGAUCUAAGGAACCUGCAGAAAAACCGCUAGACGAACUGAAGAUCAGAAGUCACAGCACUGAACCACUACCAAAGCUGGAAAACAAAGAGAGGGGAGGCCACCACGGGACAGCUUCUUCCAGGGAGCCAGGGAAAGCUCAGGAAUGGGAUGGAACGCCGGGCCCACCCAUGGUCUCCAGCAGGCUGGGGAGAUCCUCUGUCAGUCCAACCAUGUUGGCUGGAAGCAACAGCUCAGAGCCUAAAGCAAGUUGCAGAUUAGGUCGGUCUGCAUCCACAUCAGGUGUGCCUCCUCCGUCCGUUACUCCGCUCAGGCAAGCCAGUGAUCUUCAGCCGAGCCAGGUGACAUGUAUGCAGUGGUUGCAAGGGGACCAUACAAUGCUGGAUAUGAUUGAGAAAAAACGUUGCCUCUGCAAAGAAAUAAAAGCUCGACAGAAAUCAGAGAAAGGACUCUGCAAACAGGACAGCAUGCCUAUCUUGCCGAGUUGGAAAAAGAACACCGGGACCAAGAAAUAUAGCCCUCCUCCUUAUUCCAAACAACAAACUGUUUUCUGGGACACUGCAAUCUGAGAGGUGUGUGGAGGAUGCUCUCUCCACCGCAUUGCACCAUGCACAGGCAGCCGGCUUUCUUAAUGAGGCAAAGGCUCUAACUAAGACUUACCUGCAGGUGGUGAACUUCCUAGGAAAAAAACACA